GUGCCGUCAGCUACAUCACAUACAUAUUCAGUGCUUUUGCUAGCUUCCACAUAGCGCUUUCACUCGCAUGCUAGACAGUUGUUAUCGUGAUCGUGUGCGUCAUGGACGCUUUCUACGAGCAGUACCAGUUGGGAGACGUCCUCGGUGAAGGCGGUUUCGGUCAAGUCUUUCGAUGUCAAGAGAAAGCGUCAGGGACGAUGUUCGCUGUGAAGACGGUCGAACCGAGCAAAAUCCAGAGCACGAGCGACAAGGACAAAGUGAAAAACGAGAUAUCGAUUUGUAGUGUGCUCGAUCACAUGCAUGUGGUGAGGCUGUACGCCAGUUUCAACGAAAUGGGAAGGUUCAUGAUGGUCUUCGAGCUGCUGGAGGGAGGAGAACUGUUUGACAUUCUCUGCAGUCGCGAUACGUACAGUGAGCUGGAUGCAAAUCAUUGUAUAAAACAGCUUCUCUUGGCGCUUGCUUAUCUUCAUGGUAGCAAGAUCAUUCACAGGGACAUAAAACCUGAGAAUCUCAUGUUAGUCAAGCCACCAAUAAAUGGAAGCCUCCAUGACACUGUUUUGAAACUUGUUGACUUUGGCAUAGCCAAACAACUCACCAACAAACAAAGUCGUAUAUCAUGUGACACAAGUGGAACUCCAUACUAUUUGGCACCUGAGACACUAAAACAAGAGUUGAUCGGUAGUCCAGUCGACAUGUGGGCAGCAGGUGUGAUUCUCUAUGUUCUAUUGGUGGGAAGUCUUCCUUUCUGGUUGGGAGAGAAAGGCAAAGGAGAAAUGUUUUGGAAGAUUGUGAAGGGAGACUAUUCAAUGGACAAGGUGGAAUGGGAUGCUAUUUCUGGUGAUGCAAAGCGGCUUGUUUCCGACAUGCUCACGUUGUCUCAGGAUGAUCGAAUAAGUGCAGAGACGGCCCUUCAGAGUGAGUGGAUCAGGAACAAGCGAAGAGUAUCGACCAUCGAAAGACGUCAGACGUUGUGCAGACUAAAGGCAUUCAAUGCAAAGAGAAAACUACGUUCUGCGAUCUUUGCUGUUAUUGCUCAUCGGAGGAUAAAAAGUCAAACCCCUCCUCGUGCUCAAAGAAAAACAAGUGGAAUAAGUAACAGUGGCGAUGAACUGGGAUCGGAGUCAGAGAGCAGUGUUGUAGACGAGGGAGAAGUAGCAGCAGCAAACGGUCAAGUAGAGUAUACAAAACAAGUUGACUUACAGGCCAAGUUAUCUCCUUUGUCAAUACCAUCAGUUUCAGCAUGUGAAAGAAAUGCGUCAGAGAGUGGUGACUCUGGUGUAGCUGAGAGUCCUGUCAUGUCUCAGACAACAGAUGGUUUGUAUAGUGAAGACACUGUAAUGAGGCAGAGACUACAACAUGCGUCCAUUGAAGAAAAAGCGAGAUGGAAGAAGAAACGAAAUAGCAUAAAAAACGUGGUCAAAGAGUUGAAUUUGUAGAUUACAUGGCAGUUUUCCUAUUUUUAUGAGCACAUUAAUAAUUUCAUCUUGUGUUCAUGAACCAUUGCUGAUGACAGAUGUAACUGUAGGGAUUUUAUUAUGGUAUUGACUAUGCAGCUUUUCUUAACUGACGUCUCUUUGUACAGUUUGUUAGGAAUGAAAUGCAGGUAGAGUGCUCAGAUGGAGCUUGCAACGUCUUCUUUAUAUAACAUUUAGUUGGUCAGCUGA